AUGGCACAGAUUAGUGAUGAUGAACCAGGCUACGACCUUGAUUUAUUUUGUAUUCCUAAUCAUUAUGUCGAAGAUUUGGAAAAGGUGUUUAUCCCUCAUGGACUAAUUAUGGACAGGACUGAAAGGCUUGCUCGAGAUGUGAUGAAGGAGAUGGGAGGCCAUCACAUUGUAGCUCUCUGUGUUCUCAAGGGGGGCUAUAAAUUCUUUGCUGACCUGCUGGAUUACAUUAAAGCACUGAAUAGAAAUUGUGAUAAGUCCAUUCCUAUGACUGUAGAUUUUAUCAGACUCAAGAGCUACUGCAAUGACCAGUCAACAGGGGACAUAAAGGUAAUUGGAGGAGAUGAUCUCUCAACUCUAACUGGAAAGAAUGUCCUGAUUGUUGAGGAUAUAAUUGACACUGGCAAAACCAUGCAAACAUUGCUUUCCUUGGUCAAGCAGUAUAAUCCAAAGAUGGUCAAGGUCGCAAGCUUGCUGGUGAAAAGGACCCCUCGAAGUGUUGGAUAUAGGCCAGACUUUGUUGGGUUUGAAAUUCCAGACAAGUUUGUUGUUGGCUAUGCCCUUGACUAUAAUGAAUACUUCCGGGAUUUGAAUCAUGUUUGUGUCAUUAGUGAAACUGGAAAAGCCAAAUACAAAGCCUAAGAUGAGAGUUCAAGUUGAGUCAAGAAACAUUGGGAGUCCCAUUGAUAUCGCCAGCAGAAUUAUCAGAUGUUCUAGUUUUGUGGCCAUCUGCUUAGCAAAGCUUUCUGCAUGAAACUUCUGAGAAAUUUAUCUAUUUUGUAUUUUAGAAAUGUCAGUUGCUGCAUUCCUGAACUUUUUAUUUGCACUGUGAGCCUGUAGACUAUCAGUUCCCUUUGGGUGGGUUGCUUAACUUGUGAAUGGAAAAAAAAAGUCUCAUAAAUCGCACCACUAUUAAAUGAGACUGGAAAUUUUAUCUGUGAGAAAUGUUUAAAGAGAAAAAUAUUAGUUUUUUAAUUGGUAUUUUAAUUUUUGUAUAUUUAGGAAAGAACAGAGGUGAUUGAAUAUCAUUCAUUAUAUCGUCAUGUGCAUAGAAAAGUAAAAAGCAGUCAGUUUUUUCAUUGAUAUCGGUGACAGCAUCCAAGAGGUUUUGUUCAGUUGAAAAAAAAAUCUGUUUUGGUAGUGUUGACUCUUUUUUCCCACUAGUUCAAGAUUAUUUCCUAUUAAUCCUUGUCAACAGUUUCUUUUAAAUGCAAAUAAAUAAAUU